CUUGUGUUUAUUGAUGUUGUAUAUUGUUCUUGACUGUAGACCACACGUGAACAGCUGAUUGCUAUCAACCGCGGUCCACCACUAGCAGAACUUGUCGAGGACUUUGUUUAUAUUUGUUUACCUGUGAUUUUGUCAGUGAAAAGCUAAAUGUCCAGCCACGAUAUUAAGUUAGAGGUCUGUGUGGACUCCAUACGAUCUGCGUUUGAAGCUGAGGCUGGCGGAGCUUCUCGGAUCGAGCUCUGUUCGGCUUUGGGCGAAGGUGGCUUGACUCCCAGUGUUGGGACCCUGAAAACCCUAAAAGAGACGCUUACAUUGCCCAUUUUCUGCAUGUUACGGCCCCGAAGAGGCACCGACUUUGUCUUCAGCGAUGAGGAGAUGUCCGCCGUACUCACGGACAUGGAAUUGCUACGGGAGAACGGCGCCGAUGGAUUUGUUUGGGGCUCCCUGAAUCAGGAUCGCAGCAUCAAUGUGGAUCAGUGCCGGCAGGUGAUGUUGGGCUCAGCAGGUCUUCCGGUGACAUUUCACCGUGCCUUCGACCUCACUGACCAGAAAUUCAUGUACGAGAACGUGCAGUUGCUGCAGGAACUUGGCUUCAAGCGGCUAUUGAGCAGCGGAUUCCGACCCUCGGCCGCAGAAGGCGUUGAUUGCCUGGCACAGCUGAUAGCGAAGCACCACCGAGACUUUAUUGUCAUGCCUGGCGCUGGAAUUAAGGUGUCCAACUUGGAGGAGAUCCUCACGGUCAGCCGGUGCCUGGAGUUUCACGCUUCCGCAAUGGAUACCGCCAGCGAGGACUAUGUGACGCCCACAACAACUCGCAUGGAAUGCGACGUUACCAUGGGAAAACAGGAUGUGGACCCGUACUACGGAACCAAUGCCAACGUGGUGCGCAAAAUGGUCACCAUCGCAAAUGCAAUGAGCUCCCGCUAAAGAUUUACUAGUUUUUAACCCUACCCUAAGUCCAAUUUCAUUCCCCGACUGGCUACACCCCUCGGUGUAGUCUAUUUAAUAUGUAUAUAGCUUGUAACUACUUAAGUAGUCUUAUCCAUUAAACUCCAAAUCCAAAAAAAAGCGAAUCAGAAGGAAAUUCGGUUAACAUUGCACUCCAACGGAAUGAUUGUGGAAACUAAUGAGAGUCCAUCAUCUCCAGAGCUGCGUUCUUUUGAUCAAGAGCUGAUCAGUGUUGAGAGUACAUUGCACAAAAUAGAAACUUACAGUCGAGAGCUAGAUAAACAUAUACGUGGCAUUAAGAAGCUGGCGGCCAUCAAUCGAAUUCUAAUAGCAGGGCUGCAAGACAAUGAGCAAAUUUUGAUGUCGCUACUGCAGGAAAAACCCAAGGAUAAAAAAGAGGUGUCAUCUUCGUAGGACUUGCAAGGUGACCAACAUCAGUGAGUUAUGUUGGACAAAUUGCGAAUCCCACAUCUUGCCCCCAAACGAAAAACAGUCCAAUGAGUUUUUGGAUACGCAUAGUGAACCCAAUUUCCUACUAAGCUCACUUAAGAAAGACUUUGAUCGGCAGAAAGGUGGUCAAGAGCCCAAAAAGGAGGUGUAUCCAUGUUCCAACAUUAGUCAACAGCUCGAGAUUGAGUUUAAAGUUAAAUGCAUUUUAAAACUGGUAGAAGAAUUGGACUUGACAAAAACGAAUAUUACAGAUCUGAGAUCAGUUUGCAGGAGAGUGAUGGGUGCAAUGCUCCAACGAAAUAAGACCUGUUGUGAGCAUAAAAUUCUUAGGUCAAAAUUUACGUUACUGUCCAAAAAUCCCUAUUUAUCUCAUCUUGAAUAAACUUCAACUUCUAAAUUUUA